AUGUUCUCAGAAACUGGCCCUGAAUUCUCUGAACGUAUCAACCUCGAAGGGAAGAACACCGGUGCGAGGUUUUCGCUGAGUCGAGGCGAUGGAUCUGAGUCCCAUGAAUGUUGUUGCAUUAACAUUUACAUAAACAGCAACAUUCAGGGAGCUACCAACUCUCUUCUGUCUGACAGUAAAGUGGAAAUGAGAGAUCCUGGAGUUCACUUGUUCUUUGAUGGUGUGAAGUUGGGUAAAAAAUCUAAAAGAGCAAACAACAAGAGAAAGGUUCAAGGAAGUACUUCCUCUACCUCUUAUAAUGUAGUGCCUUUAUUUGCUUUUAUAGUCUCCAUUCUCUUAUUGUUCUCAAUGGUCAGGAUUAUAUGA